UAUGCAGUUUAUAAAUGUGAUGCAUGAAAUAGGUAAUUGACCAUCUUAAUGGCUGACCAAGCAAAGGUGUUGUACGACUUUAACGGCCUUAGUGAAAAUGGCGAAGUUACUUUAUAUGAGGGUGAGAUUGUCACAGUGGUAAACAAGAACAUUGGUGAUGGUUGGUGGGAGGGUGAGGCUUCAGGGGGAAGAAAAGGACUUUUUCCUGAAGCUUAUGUUCAACUGACACCAGCAAACAACCAUGCAGUGGCCUCCACGCCACGUUAUAGCAAUGUUCCUGGUGAGAAUUAUGAGAGCCAACUGAAUUAUGAUAAUUCACCUGUAGCAGCAGCGAGCGCUCCUCAGUUUGCUCUUCCCGUCUCCACAGGACAAAAUAAUUACAACAAUGAAGAUGAUGACGCUUGGUCCGAGGAUUGGGAUGACAACUCAUCAGUUGCAACAACUGUUGUACCAACAAUGCCAGGAUCCUCAAAACAAUAUGGCCGAGAAGCUCAUGAUGUGGCUUCACUUAAUUCAGUGGAAAGCAAAUCAUCACGUGUUAGUGGCUCUGUGAGCAAGAAUUUUAACCGAUUUUCUUCAUUCGUUAAACAUGGAGGGGAAAGUUACAUGCUCGGUAAAGCAGAUGCUAGAGUUCGACAAGUUGACCAGAUCCAAAUAAUAAUGGGUGAAGAAGGUCCUGCAUGGAAGCCAUACGAUCAUAAAUACUCGUGCUCGAUAGAAAACCCAAAGCAACAAAGCAAAAUGAAAGGCUUGAAAAAGUUUGUAUGCUACAACCUUACGCCAAGUGACACUGCUGUAACAGUACAACGUCGCUAUAAACAUUUUGACUGGCUGUAUGCAAGGCUGGUGGAAAGGUAUCCCAUGGUAGCCAUACCUCGCCUACCAGACAAACAAGCUUCAGGGAGGUUUGAAGAGGAAUUUAUUGAAGGAAGGAUGGCUAGGUUGAAACUAUGGAUCAGUUACAUCUGCCAACAUCCAGUCCUAUCCCGUGCUCAGAUCUUCCGAAACUUCCUCACUUUAACUGAGCAAAAAGCUUGGAAGAUGAGCAAGAGGCAAGCCGAGAAAGAUGAUCUUGUGGCUGCCAACUUCUUCCUCACUGUCGCUCUUCCUGUAACCGUGACAACAGUGACCGACUCUGAAGGUCCACUUGAUCAAUUCAAAAAGUUCACUAGAUCAAUGGACGACAGUGUAUCAAACAUAACGUCGUGUGCUCAGAGUAUGGCAAGCAAACACUAUGGCUUGUUUAAACGGGAGUACCAAUCCUAUGGAAAAUCCAUCACCUCCUUGUCAACUGUGUUCAAUAUGCACCAAACCACUAAUAAUAAGAGUUUGACAAACGCAAUCAAACACACAGGUCAAACGUAUCACCGCAUUGGAGACAUGUUCGCCAACCAACCAAAACAUGACUUGAUUCCCUUCAUUGACUCCUUAUGGCUGUACAAAGGUUUACUUGACACUAUGCCGGACGUGUGGCACAUGCAAACUGGUGCUAUGAGAAAAUUGCGCGAAUGUCGCAAACUAAAAGACGAAGGUCGAAUGACGGACGUCGAGUGCGGGGCAGUCGCUGAACGAGCCGACCGCGUUGUGUGCUGCAUGCGUGCAGAAAUGGACCACUUCCACGGGCAGCGUAUCAGAGAUUUCGCCGCAGCUCAAAGAGAAAUGCUGCAAAACCAGGCCCAGUUUUUCGAAAACAUCGCCGCCGAGCUUAGGACCGCGUUACUGCAAUUCGACGAGGUAUUGGACAGCUGAAGAAGCUGUUUGAAAUCUGCGUCAUAUUAUGUAUACUUCCGAUGGCAAGUACAAUGGACACGUAGCAAAGGAACUAAGUACCAAUUCUCAUUCCGUUAUAAAACCGUUUGUUUCGCUAUAUACCUGUUGAACUAAUAGUACACGAACUAUGCGAUUUGAUUUACAUGUUCUGUAAUGUUUUUGUUUAACCUGACUUAUGUAUUAUCGGCUUAUAUUACAACAAGCGUCGUUUUAGAUCCUUAUUUGGUCGAACACAGGUUUACACAAAACUAUUGGCACCACAACUCAAAAUAUUGUCUAUUUAUUUUGUGCAGAAAUUAACUAUGCCCUACUUUAAACAACUUCCACCCCAAAUUUACCAUUUCUUCGAUAUUUAACUCAAUUAGUACAAAACCGCACUGCCAAAAGGUUGGAGGAUAUUUUUGCACAGUAAAGUUAAAUCCACACCGAAUCCAUGCUUUCCGUAACCAUAUACGUAAGCACCCUAUAAAUCUGCACAGUUGCUUUAAUGUUCCUAAGCAAAACCAUUAUAUCUCGUCAGUCCUUGGCGGGCAUUGUAAAAAAUGGUUGAUAAUCGUAACAGCUUGUACUCAUUUCUCCCUUUUUUGUAUUUUAAGUCGAGCUGAAAUUAAACCUUUGUGCUUGGCUAACAUCACAUUUAUAUUCGUAAACAAAUAUCAAAGAUUGUAAAAACUCACUUUUCGAUAACAAUAUUUUCUGAAGUGUCUUUAAAACGCACUGCUGCUUAUUCAAGCAAAUAUUUCAUUCCAACUACAUCGCAAUUGUUACUGACAGUGAGGAUUUUAACGUAUUUUUUCAUCAGCACUUUUAUUCGUAAACCGCAGAAUUUGGCCCAUUUUGCGUCGUGUUUCCUACUAUGCUUAUAUACUUUUGCUUUUUUCAUUAUCUGGCCUUAUAGAAUUUAGUCGAUUUAUUUAGUAUGUGUACAACCCUAUCGGUCUGGAAUAUUUAUAUAAAUAUAUUAUAUAUAAAUCAAAUUUCGUUGCAAUUUUCAUUAUACGUUACGUAGUUCGAACGACUGAACUACUUUUGCCGCGUUGUUUUAAAUAAAAUUUGUAU